AUGCCUCACCGUCUGCCACACGCCCUACCACAUUCCCGGCCAUACUACCGCCACACGCCUGCCAUAUUGUCACCACACUUCAUGCCACACUGCCGCCACAGCCCUGCCACACUGCCGCCACAUGCCCCUGUCACACUGCCGCCGCACGCCCUGCCACACGCCCUGCCACACUACUACUAUAUGCCCCUUCCACACUGCCGCCACACGUCCCUGCCGCACGCCCUGCCAUACGUCCUGCCACACCACCACCAUACGCCCUGCUACACUACCGCCAUACGCCCCACACUGCCGCCACACGCCCUGCCACACUGCCGCCACACGCCCUGCUACACUACCGCCAUACGCCCUGCCACACUACCGCCACACGCCCUGCCACACUGCCACCACACGCCCUUGCCACACUACUACCAUACGCCCUGCCACACUACCGCCACACGCCCUGCCACACUGCCGCCACUUCAUUCCGCCGCUCCGUCUCUACCUUGCCGUGGAAUUUUAACAUAA